AUGAGCGCCGUCAGCUCUUCAUCAACGUCGCACACGCUCACGGAAGCACCAUCAGCAACAACAGCAGCCGGCAACCCGUCGGCAACCAUGGCUACGACGGCGCUUUUCGAAUUCUUGCAGCCGGGCAAGCGUCAUGCCUUCAUUCAGCCCACACCAGACAUCCCGACGGGCUCGCUGAAUUUUGUGAAGGGAACUCUUGAGGAGUUUGCAGGCCAGGUGGCAGACGAACAGCAGGAGAGGAGGAAGCUCAGAGACAACAAGAAGCGCAAGCGUGGGGAUGCGAGCGACAAGGAUUCCGUUGAGGUGCUCAAGGUGCGCAAGGUGUAUGUUGACGGGUUCGAGACGAAUCAGGUCUGGCAGCAGGCCAAGCGUAUCAUCGGAGGUGUCUUGAGGCAUGCGGACCUUGUUCUGGGGGAGAUGCAGGACCAAGAGGAGAUUGUGACCAACAGCAUCUCUUCCGGGGGGGGGGGGACGGAGGCCGAAUCAGAAGAAGAGGAGGAAGACGAACAGCUCGGCGAGGAUGAGAGCCUUAUGGACGACGAGGCUCUCGGGGGCGAACUUGGCGGCGAAGAGGAGGAAUGGGAAGACGCAGAAGAGGGUCUCAAAGAAGACGACGAUGAUCUGGAGCAGGAGGAGGGAGAUGAUGAUGAAGAGGAGGACGAGGACGAGGAUGACGACGCUGCCGAACUCGUCGAAGAUGCGGACGGUCUCAACGACGGAUUCUUCUCGCUCGCCGAAUUCAACAAGCAGUCCCAGUGGUUCGAGAGCCAGGACGCCAAGGGCGAUCCCAACACAGACCAAGCCAGCGACGACGAGGAGAUUGACUGGGCCGCGGACCCUCUUGCGCCUGGAAAGGCGAGCACAAGGACACUCAAAGGAAAGAAGUCCAAAGAUGAAGAGCUUCUACCUGCGGAGGAGGAGAACGACGACGAAGAGGACGACGGCCCCACCUUUGGCAACAUGGACCUGUACGCCCCCGAGGGAGACAGCGACGACGAAGGCACGAAGUUCGAGCUGGAGGGCGCCGCCGAGAACGACGAUGCCAUGGGCGGUCUAGGCAACGCCAACGACAUCUACUACAAUGACUUCUUUGAACCUCCCAGCAGGAAGAAGACGAACAGCCGUGGCGGCAAGAAGAGCGCGGCGUUUGCUAAGAAGGAGGGCGACGACGACGAGUCGGCCGAGGUGGAGAGAGCCAUGGCCGACGUGCGGCGCGACCUGUUUGACGACGAGUCUGAAGUGGAGGACUCGGACGACGCAUUGUCGGACGUGUCGGCGGGCGACCCCAAGUCGCGGCGGUCAGCGCACGAGCGCCGGCAAGCCAAGCUGGCCGAGGAGAUCCGUAAGUUGGAGGCCGCGUCGGUGGCCAAGCGCGAGUGGGCCAUGUCGGGCGAGGCGGCGGCGGCGGACCGGCCGGUCAACUCUCUGCUGGAAGAGGAUGUGGACUUUGAGCACGUGGGCAAGCCGGUGCCCGUCAUCACACCCGAGGUGAGCGGGGACAUCGAGGACAUGAUCAAGCGCCGUAUCCUCGCGCAGGAGUUUGACGAGGUGCUCCGGCGCCGUCCGGGCAUGGACUCGCUCCCAUCGGGCACGCGCCGCGGCCUGCAGGAAGACGUGGACGACACCAAGGCCAAAAAGGGCCUGGCCGAGGUGUACGAGGAGGAGCAUGCCAAGAACGCCAACCCAGACACGUACGUGAGCCAGUCGGAGGAGCGCCUGCAGCGCGAGGAGCGCGAGAUCGAGACCAUGUGGCGGUCGGUGAGCGCCUCACUCGACGCCCUGAGCAGCUGGCACUACCGCCCGCGUCCGGUGGAGCCCAGCCUGACCGUCGUGUCCGACGUCGCCACCGUCACAAUGGAGGAUGCCCAGCCUGCCACGGCCCAGGGCGUCGCCGGCGAGGACAGCCGCAUGGCCCCCCAGGAGGUCUACAAGGCCAGCGCCAAGACGGCCGAGAAGGGCGAGGUGGUGGCCUCGAGCGGUCUGCCCGUCGCCAAGGCUGAGAUGUCCCGCGAGGACAAGCAGCGCCGCAGGCGUCGCGAGAAGGAGCGCAUCCGCAAGGCCGGCGGCGUCACCCAGGGCAAGAUCCUCUCCACCCGCGCCAAGAUGGAGCGCGACACCGUCGCCGACCUCAAGAAAGGCGGCGUCAAGGUCAUUAACCGCAAGGGAGAGGUCACCGAUGUCCAGGGCAACAAGGUCAAGGCUGCCAAGACUGUUUCUAGUGGAAGCUACAAGUUGUGA